AUGGUUCUUAACAAACGCUCGGUGAGACUGUUCAACUUUACAUCCGAGGCUGAACUCGUCUCUGCAUUUACAGCUCGAAUUUCCAACGACGAACAACUCAAAUUACUCGACAAGAGAGUCCUUACUGCAGUCCUUGUGACUAGAAUAUUAUUAUGGAAACAUAAUGAGUGGAUUGGAAGCUGUGCAAAGACGGAAGAAUGGCUCAAUGUAAAUAUCAAUGAUGUAGACAUCGAAGAACGCGCUGUAUUCUUAUUACUCUCAGCUAUGUCAAGAAAUAUAUUUCGUUCAUGGGCAGUUCACCUUGGACGCAGACUACUCGGCUUUGAAUCUUUCAAAGACUCUGAACAA